CGGCCACCACCACCUGCACAGACUGCUUCGAGUUCUACAGCCGUGGGCGACGCGGACGACGAGAAACGCCUGCUCAUGGAACCGUUCAGCAGCGAGGAUUGGAGGGGCGCCGACGAGAGGCAGGCGUUGAGGCCGGAGCCCGUGCUGCCGCAGGGCGCCAUGCGACCGAGGAGCAGUCACAGCGGGACGGUGCCGACGCUCAGUUAUACCCCAGUUAGACCUGCGUCGCCGUCUUCUGAGCCGUCGCAUACCCCGGAGCCGGACAAGGUGCAGUUUGCGACGUACCCGCCCGAUGAGAAGGCGAAACCUUGGGACGCGGAGCCAUCCGCGUCGAGGAACGGCAAGGGCAAGGGCAAGAAAGACAUCGCCUGGUUACCCGUGCCUCUGCGGACAUGGUUCUGGGUGAGCUUUGUGGUCGACCUGGUGGCGAUAGCAAUCGCCCUCGAAGUAGUUCUCUACUUCACGGACAAGAAUAACGGAUGGCCGGUGCGCGGCGCCUUCUCGUCCCAAGCAGGCUUCAUGCACUAUGUAUAUACUCUCCCUCCAGUCGCUGUUGCAAUGAUCCUCGUCGCGAUGUGGGCUUGGGCAGACGUCGAAAUCAAGAAAAUGCAGCCUUACGUCGACCUUGUACACGGUGACGCGCCUGCACAUCGGAGUGUGUUGUUAGAUUACACCAGGACCAACAACUUCAUCGUGUGGCUGCGUGCUGCCGCGAAUAAGCACUACAUCGUAGCGCUAGCGACGUUGAUGGUUAUCCUGUCGCUAGCGCUACAGCCCCUAGCCGCUGCUCUCCUCACCGUCCGGGAUACGUGGCUCUCAAAGCCAGAUCAAAUCCUGAAUAAUACCGCGGUGCUUGCCCUGAACCAGGACGACCAGUUCUGGGACGUGACUUCAUUCUUGACUGCAGCGGGCUACUCGUCGGCUUCGGUUUUGUACAGCCUCGGCGACCCGCACUUCGUCCACAAUGGCUACACGGUCGCGCCGUUCCAGUUGCCGACCUACCUGGCGACCAACGGGACCGUGUACACGAAUACUACGGCUGUCCUGAGUGACCCCGGAUGCCAGCCUGCUCAAUCGAUACAAAUGACACACAACACGAACAACGACACGUGGACUAUCAGCGCCGACUACCCGGGCUGCCCGUACACUUGGGAUGUCUCGCGGGUGGCAGAGAACCUGUUCGGUGUCGCGCCAUGUAACGUCCCAGGCGACACCACUCCAGACUUCCUGCGGCCCGUGCUCUUCUGGUACUUCACCUAUGUGCCCAGCGCGAUGUCGUCCAUCACGUUCUGCAAGCCGACCAUUUCACUGUACAACGUGGCCGUCACUGUGGACCUCGCGUCGGGGAACCUCACCUCCGUCACGCAACUGUCCCCACUGAAGGUGGGCCAGGGGAACUUUACCGCGUACGCGGGGAAUAUCACGGGGUCGCCGCUGAACGGUGCCGCGUACAAUGGGAUCGCGUAUAACCUGAGCAACCCGGACCCGUUCACGAUGGCGCGGGUGAACGCGACGCAGCUGACGCUGCCGGCGGCGGUGUUCCAGAGCGCGACGACGAGCGCGCAGGGCCUGACGGGGGUGUUUACGAACAACGGGUUUGUGGGACUCACGAAUUCGGUUUAUAGGACGUACUUGGCGCUGGUGGCGAAGACGGUGUAUUUCGUGCCGAACAGCGAGCCGAUCACGCUGCAGGUGAAGACGGUGGAGAAGCGGCUUUGGCUGAGCAGCGUCGCGGUGCAUCUGCUGACGACGGCGUUGCUCCUGCUGGCGUUCUUUGGGACGAUUGUGCAGCUGUUGCACCGGGGUGAUCGGGCGAACCUCCGACUUGCCCACGAGCCUGGCACCAUCGCGUCCGCUGUGGUGGUCGGCGCGCAGACGAACAUGGGGGAGUUGCUGUCGGGGCGGCAGCGGAAGGAGGAGAUCAUCCAGGCGCUGCGGGACAAGCGGUUCCGGAUCAACCCGCGGACGAUGAAGAUCGUGAUGGAGGGCGAGGAGGGCUACGAGGAGGCGGCGAGCCCGGGGCCGCGCAGGUCAGUGUUUGCGGCGGGGCUGCUGGACCUGAUGAGCCCGCACCCGGCGAGCAGGCGGUUCUCGAGGCCACCGCCGAUGCCGCAGACGCCGCCGUAGGACGGUGUGUGUCCCUGUGCGUGUCGUUUCUUGAUGUACGUGUUUGUGAUGAUCAUUUGUUCGUCAGUUGGUGUUUUGUUGGACUUUGUCAUGAUGGUUGUAGCCUACUUUUCCAUGAACUCAAAGGUCCUAAUAUACACGGACUUUAUGUUAAUAUUGUCGGGGUAAUAUCGAGCGCUGAGCUGCA